AUGGCGGUGUCCGUGGUGCUGAUCCUGCCCGAGAGCCCCAGCAUGAAGAAAGCUGUGCAGCUGAUAAAUGCGAUAGACACGGGAAGAUUCCCACGACUUGUCAGCCACAUUCUUCAAAAGCUCCACCUGAAGGCCGAGAGCAAGAAACAAGAGCUUCACCUCUUUCUGGAGACAAUAUCAUUUGUUUUGGAACAGGCAGUGUAUCACAACGUGAAGCCAGCGGCACUGCAGCAGCAACUAGAGACUAUUCAUCUUACACAAGACAAAGCAGAAGCAUUUGCCAGUGCUUGGUCGGCUAUGGGUCAAGAAACGGUUGAGAAGUUCAGGCAGAGGAUCCUGGGCCCUCACAAGCUAGAGACAGUGGGAUGGCAGCUUAACCUGCAAAUGGCUCACUCAGCUCAAGCAAAGCUGCAGUCUCCUCAGGCCCUGCUGCAACUGGAAGUGAGCAAGGAAGACUCGAAGAACAUGGAGAAGGUUCUAAUGGAAUUCAAUCCCAAGGAGUUGUUCGAUUUCUACAACAAGCUGGAGACCAUACAAGCUCAGCUGGAUUCCCUCACAUGAUGUUCUUGAAGACUGGCUUCACUGU